GGAGGAUACACAACUUAAAGAGAUUGCAAAACAUUUGGUCACUGACGUCAUCCAGAAAGCCACGGAAUACGUCAGGACAGAAAGGAAAGAAAUGGCGGAAAUGACCAGCCAACUGGACAAGGGUGUGGACGACAUAGUUCAACUGACCAUCGGACAGUCCAUCACAGCCAUUUGUAGUGGACAAAUAUCCCCAACUGACCACAAGAUGGCCGAAAUGAUGGGCAAAUUGGAUAAGGACGUGGACGAUAUUGUAUUUAAAACCAUUAACCAGUCAAUCACGACCAUUCGUAGUGGUCAAACAUCACCAACUGACCACAAGAUGGCGGAAAUGAGAGGUCAACUGGAUAAGGAUGUGGAUGAUAUUGUAGGUAGAACCAUUGGGAGGUCAAUAACGGCCAUCCGUAGUGGUCAAACAUCACCGACUGACCACAAGAUGGCAGAAAUGACGGGUCAACUGGAUAAGGAUGUGGACGAUAUUGUAAGUAGAACCAUUGGGAGGUCAAUCACAGCCAUCCGUAGUGGUCAAACAUCCCCGACUGACCAAAAGAUGGCGGAAAUGAGUGGUCAACUGGAUAAGGAUGUGGAUGAUAUUGUGCAGGUGACCAUUGGGCGAUCCAUCGCGGCCAUUCGUGAAGGGGAGAUGUCACCAACUGACCACAAGCUGGUAUGCAGUGAGAUACUGGAAAAGACAAGAGAGUCUGGAACCGGAAAUGACGCAGGAUUACAAAAGGCGAAAACCUACCCAGCUGACAAAGAUCACAAAACCCGGGUUCCAACGAUCGUCACUCGGAAUAAAGCUGCAGACAAAGUGAAGAAAACAUUUUUCGAACGUCACCUGGACAGACUUCUCGGGAGGGAAAAGAAAAAUGAAAAGAAGAUGAAAACAGCAGAACUUUGCGACAGUACCCCCAGUGGAGGAAGUAGGAAACGUCCAUCAAAGGCCCAUAACAAAAGGGAUUGGAUCCUUAAAAACAUCUUGUGCUGUUUUGUCCGCCAGACGGCGACAGUGGAGCCAAUUGAUGACUAAAUAGAUGAUGUGUGUGACGACAAGGAAGUUUACUUAGGAACUAACAUAUAUUAACCUGUCUGUAGUAGCAAAACGUCAAACAAGACUGCUACAUCCGGGAAAACAGUGUAUCAAGCGAACAGCAAAACGUCACAAAGUGUAUAUCAGAGAAGCUGCCAGAAAACAUUGCUUUAAGAAAGAGACCAUAUUCUAUUGAGAUAGAAUAAGGAUAGCAUAUAUUUCAUAAAACAAAUAUAUUUUGAUGUAAAAAAUCGUUUUGAUUAUAUAUAUUUUUGUACUAGGAAUAAAAUGCAAAACUAAAAA